CCCCAACCCAAAUUCAGUACUUCAGUUUUAUUAUUCUGAGAAAUAUUCCUAUAUUUGGAGUCUGCAGAGUCCUUUGGACAGAACUAUCCUGAGGAGGCCGAUGGGACGCUGGACUGUAUCAGUAUGGCUUUGACGUGUACCUUUAACAGGUGGGGCACUCUGCUUGCAGUGGGCUGUAACGAUGGCCGCAUUGUCAUCUGGGACUUCUUGACGAGAGGCAUAGCCAAAAUCAUAAGUGCCCAUAUCCACCCUGUCUGUUCUUUAUGCUGGAGUCGAGAUGGUCACAAAUUGGUGAGUGCUUCAACUGAUAACAUCGUAUCACAGUGGGAUGUUCUGUCUGGAGACUGUGACCAGAGGUUUCGGUUCCCUUCACCCAUCUUGAAAGUUCAGUAUCACCCCCGAGACCAAAACAGGGUUUUGGUGUGUCCCAUGAAAUCUGCACCAGUGAUGCUAACGCUGUCUGAUUCAAAACAUGUUGUUCUACCUGUGGAUGAUGACUCCGAUCUGAAUGUGGUGGCCUCUUUCGACAGGCGAGGGGAAUAUAUCUAUACAGGCAAUGCCAAGGGGAAGAUCUUGGUCUUAAAAACAGAUACUCAAGAUCUGGUUGCUUCCUUCAGAGUAACAACUGGAACCAGCAACACCACAGCUAUUAAAUCAAUAGAAUUUGCCCGGAAAGGAAGCUGCUUUUUAAUAAACACAGCUGACCGAAUAAUCAGGGUAUAUGAUGGUCGGGAAAUACUAACCUGUGGGCGAGAUGGAGAGCCUGAGCCAAUGCAGAAGCUUCAGGAUUUAGUAAACAGGACACCGUGGAAGAAGUGCUGUUUCUCUGGGGAUGGGGAGUACAUAGUGGCAGGAUCAGCACGGCAGCAUGCUCUGUACAUCUGGGAGAAGAGCAUUGGAAACCUAGUGAAAAUCCUCCAUGGAACCAGAGGGGAGCUGUUGCUAGAUGUAGCAUGGCAUCCUGUCCGACCAAUCAUCGCUUCCAUUUCCAGUGGUGUUGUGUCAAUAUGGGCUCAGAAUCAAGUGGAAAACUGGAGUGCCUUUGCGCCUGACUUUAAAGAGUUGGAUGAAAACGUAGAGUAUGAAGAGAGGGAGUCAGAGUUUGACAUUGAGGAUGAAGAUAAGAGUGAGCCAGAGCAGACAGGUGCUGAUGCUGCAGAGGAUGAGGAAGUGGAUGUAACCAGUGUAGAUCCUAUUGCUGCCUUCUGUAGCAGCGAUGAAGAACUGGAGGACUCCAAGGCAUUGCUGUAUUUACCUAUUGCUCCUGAAGUGGAAGACCCAGAAGAAAACCCUUAUGGACCCCCACCUGAUGCUGUCCAGACCUCCCUAACAGAUGAGGGAAUAGGCUCCGAGAAGAAGAGGCAGUCGUCAUCUGAUGGACCUCAGCCACCAAAGAAGAAACCCAAAAUGACCAACAUUGAACUGCAAGGAGUGCCUAAUGAUGAAGUCCAUCCGCUGCUGGGUGUGAAGGGAGAUGGUAAAUCCAAGAAGAAGCAAGCAGGCAGGCCUAAAGGAUCAAAAGGUAAAGAGAAAGAUUCUCCAUUUAAACCGAAACUCUACAAAGGGGACAGAGGUGCUUUACCUCUGGAAGGAGCAGCGAAGGGUAAAGUGCAGGCGGAGCUGGGACAGCCUUUGACAGCAGGUGGUGCAAUCUCAGAACUGUUAUGAAGACAUUCUGCUUUCUCUUCCUCUGUUCUUUCCUAUGUUGGCACCAUAAUGUGGAAUAUGGACAAGGUGCUCAGUCAGAUAAUGGACUGACUUUAACUUAAUACAGCAACCUGAUUGCUCAUGGAUGCAGGGAGUGACUUUUUAUAAGAAGUGAAUUAUGGAAGAGAAAAUGGCCUUCAUUCCUUCUCCUCAACCCUCUCUCCCACAAACAGUGUAAGAUAUUGACUCUCAGGACAGGAGAUUUGCAAAGAAACUGAGUGGACUGUCUCCUUAUGGCAUUUGCUAAAGUGAAGCACCCUGCUUUCUUCAAGCUAAGAAAUCAUUUUCCGUUUGUUUCUUUCAAAGAUUUUAGUUCUGAAACUGAAGCAUGCCAAGAUUUUUAUUCCCAGGACCAUGUAUCCUCUGACUGUGUAUUCCUAAGAACUUCCAUUUCAUUAACUCUCAUUUCAGUGAAUUGUUGUGUGUUUCUUUCUUCUCUGCCAUUUCUACAGUACUUUACAGUGAGUUAAAAGAAAAUCUGUUAAUAUCUUCAUACACGCACUCCUUUUGUAUCACCACUGCUGGUUGUGUGCAAGGUCUGAUGCCACGCCAUCAGGCAAGGAUUUCGGAUUAGAAGCUGAGAUAGUCUCUGAAGUCUGCAAAGAAUGGGCACUUUAUGUAGUGGUUUGUGGAGGUGAAAGAUGCCAGCUUCAUGACACUGUUUGUUGGUGGAAUUGGGGAGGGAGAAGAUAGAAUAAGUCUAGAUAAAAGACCCACGAAUUUGACUUUGUUGCCUUUAGGCUGAGGUAUAUAAAAGGUUGCAUUUUGCUACUUUAUCUCUUUGCCUGCAGUGUUGGUUCUUUUUAUAUUGUCAUAUCAGGUGCCAUAGUGUAGGCAGCUGGCUCCCUCUUUUGCUGACCUGUUCUUGCAAGUGGAGAAGAAAGAGAACCCAAUCUUUAUCUCAAAAGAAUCUGUAGUAUAAAUACUCAAGCUUUUUUUCAGUUAAAUAUCAAAGACCUUGAAUAAGAGCCAAGAAA